CCUGCAUGAGUCACUUCCUCAUGUUUCCUCCCUUAUUUGGAAGGAAGGGGCUGUCCUUAUUUGACUAGGGAGGAAAAUGGUGGAAAGGAGAGUCAGACGGCUCGAGUAAACAGAGGGAUACCAACAGUUUUAUCUCUGCCUCCAGACUCACUUUGUGUGAACCCUAACGUGGCAGAAUAAAAGCAGCGGCGAUGGCUGAUGCAGAAAAGAUCAAGAAAACUGCAGCCAAGGUGCUGUGCUGCGUGGAGAAGGUGUCCUCCUUCGCCUCCUCCAUCGACCCCAUCUUUGGCAUAGUCUCCUCCCUGGUCGGGGUGGCUCGCAAGGGCCUGGUUGACGAGGAGGGCCACGCUCUGGACAAGGACUUCCAGGCGAUCAACACCAAACUGGAGAGCAUCUCAGAAAAGAACCAGCAAUGCCUGAGGAAGAUCCGCAUCGACGAGGUGAACGAAACAUACGGCAAGUACGAGGAGUACAUCAAGCACCAGUACACUGCCUUCAACAACAUGGUGGCACAGGUGAAGAAAGAUCCGGACAACACCCAGCGCCACAUGGAGGCCUUCGAGAAGAUUUAUGAGAGGGACAAGAGCGACCUGAGCCUGGAUGUGUACUACAACGGUGUGAUGGGUAUCAAAACGCUGUUUGGAAGAUCCCUGCUGAAGGUGUACCUGGACAGCUGCGACGGCGACCGCGAGAUCAUGGAGCGUCGCUGUUCACACAUCGCCCACCUGUUCCACAUGGGCCUCAUCGCCCUCAUGGCCUACACAGCUGUUACAGAGGACGACGAAGACGAGGUGCGGGAAAAGUGGGCAAAGAGGGUGGAGGACAUCCAGAAGAAGAUGCAGGAGGUGCUCAGUCAGUGCAAAGACAACUCAUCCUGAACAUGGUCCAGCAGGGAAAGGAUGUCCUCUGGGGGCGUUCGGUGGCAACGGCACUGGGAACAAUCUGUACUCUGGACAAAUGGAAAAAUAUAAAUUAUGUUAUAAUAUAUAUAUAAAUAAAAACCAAAGCCAUGUUUUGUGCACUUGAGCUGCAGCUGUUAUUCCUAUUGCAGCAUUUUAGUUAUUGUAUCGGCUUUUUGUGUUAUUUGUUUUUGUUUUAAAGAGACCACUAUAUGUUUCAGCUGCUUUGUGUUACUGUACGUCAAUAUAUGCUGAAGUUUUAUACAAUCUCUUCAAUUAAAAUGUACAAAUUAUUAGUUGA